AUGUUCUUUGACACAUGUGGACGAGAUAAAAAGCUCACAAAGGACCAACGCAAUGAAAUCAUCAAGCGAACAGGAUUAACUUCUCGGAGGAUCACCUACUGGUUUUCAAAUCACAAACGUCGCUUCAAGAACGAGAUGAAGACCUACAGACAUUUGUUGGAGCAAGGAACCAUUACUACAUACGACGAAUUUGUAGAAUUCCUUCGAGACAAUCGCUUGCCAAAAAUUCGUAUAUCAUCCCAAACAUGA